ACCGGACCAGACUGGAUGUCCGCAUCUAUGUCUAAAGAUAAUAAUAUCCGCCAAACAUUGUUCAUAGAUCGAUCAAUUAAAUGUUUAGCAUUAGACAAUAUCUACGAUAAUAAUCUUAUUGACUAUGAAUAUACUUCGUAUAUACUUGGACGUUGGACAAUGUCUGCCAGACAUUGUCCAAUAUCCAACAGACAUCCGCCAGACGUAAUAUUUUGUGUUGACAAUGUCUGGUCACAAUUCAUGUUUUUGGAUAUUUGGUGGACACAAACAUUGGAUAAUGUUCAAAAUGUCUGUGUCCAAGCAAUAUUCUGCGAACAGU